CAGACGAAAGUCGCAAGUAUUUCAGUACUCGGACGAUUUAACAGCGAAGUUUCACAGGGGAUUGGAUAGAAGCUGCUGCUUUACUCUUGGCCGCGACAAGAUGUUGUGUGCAAUUUCUGGAGUUCCGCCUGAGGUGCCAGUGGUGUCGCGUAAAAGUGGGACUGUGUAUGAGAAGCGCCUCAUCGAAGCCUUCAUUAGCGAGAAUGGCACCGAGCCAACUACUGGAGCAGCUCUCACGACAGAAGACCUUUUGGAACUGAAGACGCAACCAAAUGUCACUCCUCGUCCUCCACAGCUGACCUCAGUACCUGCCAUGUUGGCCAUGUUCCAGAACGAGUGGGACUCAAUGGCUCUACAGGUCUACAAACUCCAACAAGAUCUGAAGGAAGCUCGGCGAGAACUCAGCGUGGCAAUGUAUCAGCAAGACGCUGCUCGUAGAGUGAUUGCAAAGGUUGCUGCUGAGCGAGAUGAAGCAAGAGCUGCUUUAUCAAAGGUCAGCGUCGGUCGUGGAGCUCCCAGUGGCGACGCCAUGGAAGUAGACAAUGCACCAUUGCCAGACUCCAUCCUAGGAAAGAUUGACAGCGAGCAAGCACGCUUGUCCAAGACCCGACGAAAGCGGCCAGUGCCCGAAGAGUGGGCUACCGCAGAAUCAAUAUCUGCCUACGUGCCACUAAGCUCCUCCGAACCUAUUUGCACCGGAGGCGGCACCGUGCUUGCCGUUCACGAGUCUGGGGAUUUGGCUAUUGUUGCUGGACGUGACGCCGAUGCCACCGUAUUCUCCUUGUCACAGAAUCGACCAUUGCAACUGCUCAACGGCGGAUCGGGAUCCAUCACGAGCGGCCUCUGGGCGCAGGAUAAGGCAGUCAUUGCCACUUCUACCGGUACUGUAAAGGUCUUCGAGGCUGAGGAAGAAGUCGCUUCGUUUUCAACCCAUGGCGGCUCUGUCAAUGGAAUAGCACUACAUGCAAGCGGCUCUAUUCUUGCAUCAGUCGGUGAUGAUAAGACCUAUACGCUGUAUGACCUCGAAGAAAACCAGAAACUCACACAGAUCCAAAGUGAUUCAGCCUUGACAUGCGUGCAAUUCCACCCCGAUGGCCAUCUCCUUGCUGCAGGUGCGGUCGAUGGUCAAAUCAAGAUUUUCGAUGUCAAAACAGGCAGUUCAGCAGCAACCUUCGAUUUGAAAUCUCCCAUCAAGUGCAUCAUCUUCUCGGAGAACGGUACCUGGCUAGCAGGUGUUACGGAAAGCUCUUCAGCCAUCUCCAUCUGGGACUUGAGAAAAGCGACAGAGAUCAAGAGCAUUGAGACUGGGGGUCCUAUCGAGUCAAUCAGCUGGGAUUUCACUGGCCAAUUUCUGGCCUCCAUCGGAGCUAGAGGUGUCACAAUCGAGCAAUAUUCCAAGGCCUCGAAAGACUGGUCCGAAGUUUUCAAGUCUGCCACACCUGGAACCAAGAUCGCAUGGGGCAAGAAUGCUCAGCAACUGUUCCAGCUUUCUGGAGAGGGUGUUUUGACUGCUCUCGGCACAGCGAAGUAGGAACGAAUGCAUCAGUGUAAAAGUGUACAACAACAAGCAGGGUUCAAAAAGUUAAUUGAUACCCAGCCAAGGACAUGGAUCUCAUUUCAGGCAGCAGGUUGGGCCGAUCUCUGAGUUGAGCAUUACAAAGAGGCGGAUGCUGUUGGAUGUUCCUCUUUGCGACAGACGAACAUGGAAUAGAAAACAACAGCAACGCUCUUUGGUCAUCAAUUGAUGGCUAUGAAUUGAACAAAGAAAUUUGCAGUACUGUACGACUUGUCCUGACCGCCGUUUCCAUCAAGAUUGUUGUUCUUGCACCGAAUUCAACCAGCGAUGACGAUGACGUCGACCCAAUGCAAGUAGAAGUGUAGACUCAAGGAGAGUAUUUUGCGGAGGGCGGUGUUUUACGACCCAACGACCUUUCCCACUUAACGAUUACGUGUGCAGCGAUUUGGUGUGGCGCGUCUACCGUCGCCAAAGCAGUACAUGUACCGCGUUGGGAUGGCGAAAGUCUUUGAGUGGUAAGGAAGAGAAGAUGAUGGAUGUACUGUAUAGAUAGAUGGUGGCGACGACGAGGUAGUCAGCCUGCAAUCGCACUGC